AAUGGUUUAUGCAUCAGAAGCUGAAAAAAUACCAGUUAUUGUCGAGAACAGACCCAAGAUUUCAGGAGCAGUGGUACAUUAAAAGACCAGCAGGAUCCAGUGAGCCAACAUACAACAUCACUUCCACUUGGGACAAAGGCUGUACAGGGAAAGGAAUUAUGGUGGCUGUAGUUGAUGAUGGAGUAGAUGGAUCACAUCCUGAACUGCGUAAAAACUAUAAAUGGACUUUGAGUUAUGACUAUGUGGCUAACGAACACAUGAAAUAUGGAACACCGGUAUCAGGCCAUGGCAACAAGUGUGCAGGUAUCAUUGCAGGAGUAGCCAAUAAUGGUUUAUGUGGGCGGGGUUUGGCAUAUGAAGCAAACAUUGCAGGUAAUGACUUAUUUGGUAUGUUAACAUGUUCCUCUUUGUACAAGCUGUGAUUGCCUUGAUGAAGA